AUGGUCUACGUCCGCCAACAUAAUCUCGCCGCCCUGCGUGCGUACCGUUACGCGGGCGUUGACAAGUCGCUGGUGUCUCGCUACGUGCUGAAACCGUUCUAUACGCAUGUCGUCAUUAAGUGUUUUCCUAUGUCCAUGGCACCAAAUGCUAUCACGCUAACGGGCUUCUGUUUCGUUGUUAUCAACUUCCUGACUCUGCUAUGGUAUAACCCUACCCUGGACCAGGAUUGUCCACCGUGGGUCUAUCUGAGCUGGGCGCUGGGGCUGUUUCUGUAUCAAACUUUUGAUGCAGUCGACGGGGCUCAAGCACGGAGAACCAGACAGAGUGGGCCUCUUGGUGAACUUUUCGAUCACGCCGCCCUAACCUUCUACGUCCAGACCUGGGACGAAUACUACACCCAAACGCUGACCCUAGGCAUAAUCUCCGGCCCCGUCGAGGGUAUCCUAACCUUAUGCGCGGUCUACGCAACAACGGCCAUAAAAGGCGGCGCGAGCUUCUGGCACAAGCCCAUGCUGGCCACGCUAGGCGUCCCCACCUCCGUCUCCCGCUUCCUCCCCGCCUCUCUCUGCAACCUCCCCUUCACCUCCUGGUACAUCAUCUACGGCGCCUUCGUCCUGCUCUUCAGCACCCUCUCCAGCAUCCUGAACGUCAUGCACGUCCGCCGCCAGCGGAAUCUGGACAUCUACACACCCCUCCUGGGCCUGUUGCCGGCUGCGGCGAUGUGGGUGCUGGUGUUUGUAUACUUGCAUCUACGCCCCUUGGUGCGCGAGAGACAUCUCGUCCCCUUUGUGAUGUAUGUGGGGCUCAUCAAUGCGUAUUCCGUCGGGCAGAUGAUUAUUGCGCAUUUGGUGAAGAAGGAGUUUCCGUACCGGAACGUCUUGCUGCUGCCGUUGCUGGUGGGAGUUGUGGAUGGGGUUUGUGGGUCGCGGGCGUAUUUGGGGUUGUGGGAGGGGAGUUUGUUGUUUGGGAGUGGGAAUGGUGGGGAAGUGUAUCAGGUUGCACUUGUGUUUUGCUCGUUGGGGUUGGCGGUGGGGGUUUAUGGGAGUUUUGUGUUCGAUGUCAUCACCACCAUCUGCGAUUACCUGGACAUCUGGUGCCUGUCCAUCAAAUACCCCUUUGUCGAGGGCGCGGCAGCUGAACCAGCAAAAGCCAUCGAGGCGAAUGUCGUCGAUACUGCUACUAAUAAUAACAAAAAUCACUCUGCCGCGAAGGCGAAGACUAACUAAAACUGUUCAGGCCUAGGAGGGGCGAAGAGCAUGGCAUGAGCGCAUUCACUGACUCUGGGAUUUGGUCGCGAUAUAUAGUGGACGAGCAGCCUCUCCUGGCCAAAAGAAGAAGAGAAAAGAACAAAAGUAUGUUCUGCUUGAGGCGGUAAGGCAAGGAAGGGCGAUUGACUGGUCUGGUAGAGUUGGGGGAAGAUUUAUGCAAAUGAAAAAAACAAAAAAAAAAUAGAAAAAUAAUCAUGUUGAUUGCUUACCAAAGAGUAGUAGUGCAGAGGGUCCGCGAGUGAGUUUUCUGAGCCGCGAGGGGUUUUAUGGUUUGUAUGGUUUCAAUGAAGCGUGGAGUUCUCUUCUUCCUCUGAAUGUACAGUACAUGCGCAUGUAGUGUACGUACGUGUGUAUUUUCUUCUGUUUUUCUUUUCUUCUUUCUUCUUUUUUUUACCCCUUUUCUUCCCACGGUUAUAGAAUAAUUAAUGGGUCGGGAUGUGUCAACUCCUGCUAACUGCAUUUUAUGGGGGCGUCCGAGGCUGGUUUGUUAUUUUAUUCAUUUUUCUUCUUUU